AAAGUGUUGCGUAAUUAGUCUUCAGAAGAAGAACAUGUCCCAUCGCCAUUGUCAGGACCCUGUGUAAAGUCCCAUAAGGAGCGAUUUGAGAUUACUACGGACCCUGAUUCGUCUGCUAAAGAUCUCGCCUGAAAGAGCCACACUAGUGAAGAUGGAACAGUAACUCCUGCCAUGUCAGGAAAAAAACUCUACAGACUGGUUGGUGUGAGUCUCGGACUCCUGUGUAUCCUGCAAGCUGCUCUCAACAUUUCCCUGCGUCUUGCUCUCUACAGUUCUGAUGCACCUGAUUAUGAUGCUGUGAUCAGGAACCUGACAGAAGAGAGGGACCAGUUGAAGAGGAAGUUGAAUACAUUUGAUCAUCACACCCAAGAAGGAUGGGUAUACUUCCGCUCUAGUUUCUAUUUCAUCUCUUCUGACAAGAAAUCCUGGGGAGACAGUAGAGACGACUGUCUGCAGAAAGGAGCCGACCUGGUGAUUAUCAACAGCAAAGAGGAAAAUGAGUUCACGAGACAGUUCACAAGGUCCUUCUGGAUCGGACUGACUGACAACGAGACAGAAGGGACAUGGAAAUGGGUGGAUGGGACUUUGCUGAACGCAACAACAAGCUACUGGCACCCUGGGGAACCAAACUCCUAUGAAAACAAUAAUGGAGUUGUGGCUAAUGAAGACUGUGGUGAGACAAUGUUCAACGAUUUCAAAGACAACUGGAACGAUGAACAAUGUAGCGAGCUGAACAUCUGGAUCUGUGAAAAGAGUGUGGCUUGAUAACGCUGCACCCAAACGCACCACACUGGUAACUGCUGAGCUGCAGAGGAAGUGACUCAAUAAAAUGCAAAGACAUAAACAGCCUUGCUUCAUUUUGACAUGUUCCCAUAGUAAGAGGCACUGGUAACUAAACGUAUGAUAUUUAGUUUGAUUCGUUCCUGGGUCCUGGUAUUGUACAUUCUGAAUGUGUCAUUUGUUUUCAUACUGUAGCUUCUGUCAAUAUGUGGUUGCUGUUCUGACUAUUUGUUAUCAGAAUCACGCUUUUUCUUAUGAAUAAAUGUUUCAGCUACAGUUUUGGAACAAAGGAACUGAAGUUAAA